CAGGAUGACGGGAGAGUGCAAGGACAGCGGUGUCUUCUGCAGUGUAUAACCGCAGCAGUUAUCGCCUACUGAAAAAGAGCCACGUCUCUGUCAAGUUUAUCCCUCGUAUCUGUGAAUAGUGUGUUUCACAACCCUUUCUAUUUGUCGAUCGUGUAUAUACUCGGGUCUAUUGGUUCAGUGCAACACGAGGUGUGUUAGACACAUACGGCAGACAAGAUAUAAUAAUGGGGUAUCAACCUCAGCGUCAACAUCAGCAUCAUCAACGCCAGAGCUGGAGCAGGACGUAGGGAGACGUCGACGAGCAGCAUCAGCUCGAAAGUGGGAGUUAACUUUAGCUCUCUUGCCGCGAGCAGAGCAGUGUAGUGCGAAAGAGCACGCGAGUGCUUACGUGCAAACAAACAAACGAACGUGUGAGGAAAAGACCUGGUCAGCGAAAGUACCAGUCAUGGCAUCCUCCCAGAAAGGCAUACAAAUUGGUAACGCCUGGUUCCAGAAGAAGAUCAACCUGAGGCCCCAGCAUAGGGGCGUGCACCUCGUCACCGAGGAGAUACUUAGGCAGUUACCCGAGCUCUGCCAGUUCUCCGUAGGCCUCUGUCACAUACAAAUUCUCCACACUUCAGCCAGUUUAGCGCUGAAUGAAAGUUGGGAUCCAGAUGUGAGAGAUGACAUGGAAAUGAUGCUUAACAAAAUAGUUCCUGAAGGAUUGCCCUACAGGCAUAGUUGUGAAGGGCCUGAUGAUAUGCCAGCGCACGUGAAGGCGUGCUUUCUGGGCUCAUCGUUGAGCAUCCCAAUAACGGAAGGCAAAUUGGCGCUAGGCACGUGGCAAGGCGUUUGGUUGUGCGAGCAUCGUGAUCACGCGGGCAGCCGCAAGCUUGUGUUGACACUGACCGGCUGUUUAAGGGACUCGGGGCGAAGUCCCCUCAGCCCUGUCAGUCCAAUAGCCUCGACGAGUAGCUAGGACCACUCGCAUCCGCGUAGGCGCGGC